AUGGUGGAGUUUGCACCGUUGUCCGUGCCAUGGGAGCGCAGGAUGCAGACCUUUGUGGUCCUGCAGUGGGUUUUCGCCUUUCUGGCUCUGGCCCAGAUCUGCAUUGUGGUCUUCAUAGGUCUCCUGUUCACAAGAUUCUGGAUCUUCAGUAUCCUGUAUGCAACCUGGUGGUACCUGGACCGAGACAAGCCAUGGCAGGGCGGCAGGCGCAUUGAGGCCUUAAGGCGCUGGGUCGUAUGGAAGUACAUGAAGGACUAUUUCCCCAUCUCACUGGUCAAGACCGUGGAGCUGGACCCCUCCCGGAACUACCUCGCUGGCUUCCACCCCCAUGGGGUCCUGGCAGCUGGAGCUUUUACCAACCUGUGCACCGAGAGCACCGGUUUUUCUUCACUGUUCCCCGGCAUCCGCCCACAUCUGAUGAUGCUGAACUUGUGGUUCUGGGCCCCUUUCUUCAGGGAUUACAUCCUGUCAGGGGGGCUGGUCUCAGCAGACAAGGAGAGCGCCGCUUACAUUCUGAACAGGAAGGGAGGUGGCAGUCUGCUGGCCAUCAUUGUUGGGGGCGCCCAGGAGGCACUGAACGCUAGGCCUGGAGCCUACAGGCUGUUGCUGCGGAACCGCAAGGGCUUCAUCAGGCUCGCCCUGAUGCACGGGGCAGCUCUGGUGCCGAUCUUCUCCUUUGGGGAGAAUGACCUAUUUGACCAGGUGGACAACUCUCCUGGCUCCUGGUUGCGCCAGACCCAGAACCGACUGCAGAAGAUCAUGGGAGUCUCCCUCCCGCUCUUCCAUGGCCGUGGUGUCUUCCAGUAUAGCUUUGGUCUUAUGCCCUACCGCAAGCCCAUCACCACCGUGGUGGGGACGCCCAUCGAGGUGCAGAAGACGCCGUGUCCCUCACAGGAAGAGGUGGACAGGCUGCACCAGCGCUACAUGAAUGAGCUAAGCAACCUCUUCGAAGCCCACAAGCUCAAGUACAACGUCCCCAGUGACCAACACUUGGAAUUCUGCUAA